GUACCAUCCAACCGGACUGCGCACACAAGGAAAGGUUCAAGCUCACUGUAACCCCCGAUUUUCCUAAUUUUCCUUUCGAUCAAUCAACCUCUUUAAAUAUUUAAACAGCCAAAAUUUCCAUUGUACAUUUUCCGCUAUGUCAUCUGAAACGUCUAGACCGACUACUCCCGCCAGAGGCAGCAUAAUAUUACAGCGCGAUUUUCAUGGAAGGUUGAUGCUAUGUGACAAUAUACAAAAUAAUUUGAUCACUGUAGAGGAUUGGAUUGCUCAUGAACGGACUCGUAUCGGCCAAAAUGUACAGCCAAGACAUUGUGAAGAUUACGAAGUGUUAGCACAAAUCAUUGACGAUGUCUUUCACUUUCAACAACAAUCGAACGACAACUGGAAUAUGGAUAAUCCACCACGGAUACGAUCACACACCAAGGUACCGGUGAAGCAGGCUGCCGUUGAUGUUAGACCGCCGACUAAGUUAGAAAAACCCACUCCUCAAAAUAACUUGUCCGGCCUCAAUACACCGAAUCUUUCGCCUACCACCUCAGACCCCCUAUCCAAUCCACCACCAUGCAAUAAGCCAGAUUCGCCCGAUCAUUCACUUCCACAAACGCCAUCACCCAUUUUAUCCCCGUCGCCACCGACUGGAGCGAACGAAAUCCGAUGGAUGUCGCCGUUUCAUCGCCUGUAUGCCUAUUCUGCACAUGCAGAUGGAUGCAUUAAUGUGUCUAUUGAAUUAGACGCGCUGCAAAAGUUGUGCGACUCAUGGGAUGAUCAAAACGCUUCAUCUGACUAUAUAAAAAAUCUCAAGAAUAUCAUUUCAAAGCAUGUUGCUGCUUUGAUACAAUCCAUUGCAUUGGAUGCUACAGACCAUAAAGAUUUUGAAAUCAUGAUGGACAUCCGAGCUGAAAUGAUUCUAUAUCUUGAGCACAACUACCACUGGUCUACCAUGAGCGGCAGAUUCGCUGGAUAUUUUAAUUUUGCAAGUUUUGUUCAACUCGUGACAGAUGCACAACAAAGCAUCCAAGAACCUGCAGAUGUUGCCAAUAAGGUUUCGCAUGCUGACCAGCAGCCAAAAAUGAAGCGGCCCGGUAAGCGGCGAAGUUUGCGUGAAGACAACGAUGGCGGUUCUAGCGAAGACUAUGACGAAUCCGGCGAAGAUUUUGCAAAAAGAAAACGACAGCAAUCUAUUACAGCGCUUCAAGAACGACUACACAAGAUGAAAGUUGAAAUAGAAAAAGGUGGUCUUGUAAGACUUCAUAGCUCCGAAGAAGAUGACCAUUCAUAAACUUGUAUUAUAUGUAUUCCUUUACGACCUAAAUGUAUAGUAUGUCCCUCGAUACCAUCCCCCCCCCCUCUAUUCUGUUUGUUUUAUUUCUGUAGUUACCACCACCACACACUCAUUUGACUAAACACCCUGAUUUUCGCUCUCUCUUUUUUGGAAGGGGGUGAGGCAGAAAAAUCCAUCUUUGGUACGAACUGACUU